CUUGGCUUUCCCGCUCCUGCAAGGCCACUGCAGCAUGUGCUGGCGGGAUUAAUCUUGGUCCACCAUGUCUUUGCAAAGGCUUCUACAGCAGCAGAAUGGCAAUGGCAACUUGGAGUACUGUACUGAUUCUGCAUACAGCUCCUACUCCGCACUCACUGGCCCCCUCACAAUGGAAGACAACAGACGGAUUCAAAUGCUGGCAGACACUGUGGCUACUUUGCCUCGGGGACGAAAGCAGCUUGCUUUGGCCAGAUCAAGUUCUCUAGGUGACUUUUCCUGGCCUCAAAGAAAGCUUGUUUCUGUGGAAAAGCAGGACAAUGGAGCUUUUGGAUUUGAAAUUCAGACCUACAGGCUCCAGAACCAGAACAUCUGCUCCUCCGAAGUAUGCACUAUGAUCUACAAAGUACAAGAAGAUAGCCCUGCUCACUGUGCUGGCCUGCAAGCUGGUGACAUCCUUGCAAAUAUCAAUGGUGUGAGCACAGAAGGCUUUACCCACAAACAAGUAGUUGACCUGAUCCGAUCAUCAGGAAAUCUGCUAACGAUAGAGACUCUUAAUGGAACAAUGAUUCACAGGAGAGCAGAGCUUGAAGCAAAGUUGCAAGCUUUAAAGCAAACUUUGAAGAAAAAAUGGGUGGAGUUCAGGUCUCUACACUUACAGGAACAGCGCCUGCUGCAUGGAGAUACAGCUAACUCCCCAAGCUUGGAAAACAUGGACCUGGAUGAGUUGUCCUUGUUUGGAAAUCUGCUGGGGCCAGGCCCAGCCCUCCUGGACCGGAACCGGCUGUGCAGUGAGAGCAGCUGUAAGAGCCGGCUGAGCUCGCUGACCAUGGACAGCGAGGACGGCUACAGGACAAGUGUGUCCGAGGACUCCAGCCGUGGCGCCUUCAGCCGGCAGACCAGCACCGAUGACGAGUGCUUUCUCUCCAAGGAAGGAGACGAUAUUCUGAGGAAUGCUUCUUCCAGGAGGAACCGGAGCAUCAGUGUCACCAGCAAUGGGUCCUUAUCCCCCUUGUGGGAGAGCAAUUACUCAAGCAUGUUUGGAACUCUACCCCGGAAAAGCAGACGGGGAAGUGUCCGGAAGCAAAUUUUGAAAUUCAUCCCUGGCCUUCAUCGUGCGGUAGAAGAGGAAGAGAGUCGUUUCUGAUGGGUGGGAGAGACCCUUUGAACUGGCUGGUUUCGCAAUUCUCUCUCUACUUGCCUAGAUGAACUCCACCUGCCUUAGUGGGGAAGUACACUCUGUGAAGCUCACAUCUCAUUUCACAGCAGCAUUGACCUUUAAGUUCUUACGUUGUUAUUUUUGGGUCUUUUGUCAUUUUUUUUUUUCAUCCAGUACAGCUCAAGUUCUAAGAGUACAUGAGAGAAAGAAAGUGAUAGGUUAGAUAAUGUAAUAAUAUGUCUGUUCAUUCUAAUGCUGGCCACACAAAUACACAAGUAUUUAUUUUACUGACUAUGUGUGUAAGCAGUGGAGAACUCUUUGGAGUCAAGUGUAAAUAUGGAGUGACAGGAUAUAAUUAUUGGGUUGCUUUCCAUAGUUUAAUUUGGUAGACUACAAAACUUUUUGUUUGCUUAAUUUUCUCAGUAGCCUCUGGGGGAGCCUUCAUAAGAGAGAAUUUAAUUUUUUCAAACUAUUAAAGGAUCAUAAACAAAGAUGACCAUCAGCGUUUUCUCACUUCAGUGACAGUGAGGCAGGAGGUUAGCAUUGGGGCAAAGGGCUAAGCUUCCUGAGAAGCAUGGGAUGGGGUGCUGAGGUGGGCACUUGAGACCAUUACCCUAGGUUUUUUUCUUUGAAUAUCUAAACAAAAUGAAUGAGACUCUCAUUAUUUGCCCAUCUCAAUUUUUUUUUCUGCCUAAACAUGGAUACCAAGUCCAAAAAUCUUAGGAUCCUAUAGAUCUGUGAUUAUAUUUUGCUGCAAAUGUCUAAAAUUCUAAAAAGGAGGGUGGGAAAAGAAUGUUUUUCGUGAUUCUCCUCAUUAUGCAUUCCACAGAGGUAUUGCCUCAGUUCUUGCUUCCCUGUUAGCUAUGCUUGUAUUGUAUUCUCGCCUUUCAUAAUUUUCUAUUUUAUUUCAACAUCCAUUAAAGUCUCUAUUCUGGUGA